AAUUAUUAUCCAUUUCUCUCACCAUGGUGGAACACAGUGGUUUGGAUAUUAUGUGUCUCAACAAGUACUGUCACAGCUCUUCCUCAUCAUCCAGCUCCGAGCAAGAGAAGAAGAUUUUCACUAAACUCAAACUCAAUUUGUCAGGGGACUAUCCGAGGAAGAACGCAGAGAUCCUCAGCGGUCAGUACGGAACCAAUGUGCUCCUGAUCGGUGCGGCGUUGAUGCUGGCCGUGGCCAACCAUGGCCCCUCUGUCAAAGAAGAACACCUGCUCUCCUUUAUCACCUGCCUCAUGAUCCUCCAGCUGAUCUGGAUGAUGUGGUACAUCCUGGUACGGGACAGACAGAAGAACACCCAGACUGAGAAAGACGUCCACGCCACUACAUGUUGGAUCAGAGGUGGUUUGACUCUCCUUGCUCUGCUUUCACUGAUUAUGGACGCUUUCCGAAUCGGGUAUUAUGUUGGUUACCACUCUUGUGUGUCGGCCGUGCUUGGAGUAUAUCCUGUCAUCCAUGCAACUCACACCAUUGCACAGGUGCAUUUUCUAUGGUUUCACAUUAAAGAUGUCAUCAAGUCCUUUGAAACAUUUGAGAGAUUUGGUGUAAUCCAUGCAGUCUUUACAAACCUUCUCUUGUGGGGCAACGGUGUGAUGUCGGAGGCAGAGCACUUCUUGAACAACCAUAUGAAGCGUCUCUCCGCAAUGGGCAAAGGAAACCUCACUAUAGUUCUCUCAGAGCCUCACUGUAAUUGCACCACCAGCACUUGCUCCAUGUUCUCCAGCAGCCUGUACUACCUGUAUCCAUUCAACAUCGAGUACCACAUCUUCGUCUCGGCAAUGCUCUUCGUCAUGUGGAAGAACAUCGGACGAACCAUCGACCUUUCUACAAACCAAAAACGAAUGGCCACCAAAACCCAAGGUUUGAACUUAGGCCCCAUUCUGGGACUAGUUGCCCUGGCUAGUACUAUCGGGGUGCUUGUGGUCUACAUCACUCAUGUUGAACAGUCUUUUCACACACGCCAGUCAGCUGUGUCCAUGUUUUACAUUUACGGUAUUGUCAUGCUCAUAUCCAUGUGUUCUGCUGCUGCUUCUGGUCUGCUCAUAUACCGAGCUCAGCACAUGCCCCUGGACACUUCCAAAAACCCGUCCAGGCAGUUGGACACAGAGCUGCUGUUUGGAUCUUCUAUCGGCUCAUGGCUGGUGUCUUGGUGUAGCAUAGUGGCAGUGUUAGGCACCGAGAGCAGCCCUCCGUACCGCUGGACCAACCUCAUCUUCUCUAUGCUCGUUGUUUUAGAGAAGUACGUCCAGAACCUUUUCAUUAUAGAGUCACUUUAUCGCCGAGAGGAAGACAGAGAAAGAGAGGACCCAGAGUUACCAGCUGCUCCAGAAAUCUUCUCUGUGACUUCCUCUUUGGCCCCACCUUACAACGGUAUCAUCAACCGAGCCUAUGUGACUCCAGACCGGGGCUGUGUCACCUUGGAGAGCGAGCAGGAGGAGAACGGACAAGUGUACAAAUGUCCGAGGAAGCCCUCUGAGGUUCCGCUGACUGUUGGAACCAAAGUAGUGGAGCCUACAAAAUUAAAGAGGAAAAUCCUGAAGAACAUUGCUGUCUUCCUAACAAUGUGCAACAUUUCGCUGUGGAUCCUUCCCGCCUUCGGCUGCCGACCACAGUACGACAAUGGGUUGGAAGAGGAGACAUUCGGCUUCAGCAUAUGGACCACAGUUCUCAAUUUUGCCAUUCCCUUAAACCUUUUCUACCGCAUGCACUCUGUUGCUUCGCUGUUCGAGGUGUUCCGCCGGGUCUGACAGAAAAAGCAGAUGAUUGACAAUGCUCCUGAUAACAUGCACAAGAACACUUGUCACUACCAGCUCCCAAGAAUGUCUCACAGCGCAGGUCAGCCGUUCAGGAGGCAGUCUGGGUCACACUCCAACAGACUUGAAAGGAAGCCGCGGAGACAAACAAAAUGUCGAUCCCCCUGUGAAGGGAUUACAGUGGAAGACGAACCUAUUAGCCUACGUUCCUUGAAGAAUUACCAUGUAAAGCAAGGGUUUAUUAAAUACGGCUUUGGUUUCAACAGUUUAAAAGGGCCCUUGUGAUUGUUGUUUUGUAGUCACAUUCCAGUAGACUUUGCUCACAGGUACAUCA